GCAGCGGCGGCAGCACCACCAGAGGCACCCCCAGCCAUGGGGGAGUGGGGCUUCCUGAGCUCGCUGCUGGAUGCAGUGCAGGAGCAUUCGCCCAUGGUGGGGCGCUUCUGGCUGGGGGUGAUGCUGAUCUUCCGCAUCCUGAUCUUGGCCACGGUGGGCGGGGAUGUAUUCGAGGACGAGCAGGAGGAGUUCGUGUGCAACACGCGGCAGCCAGGCUGCAAGCAGGUCUGCUAUGACCGGGCCUUCCCCAUCUCCCACUACCGCUUCCUAGUCUUCCACGUGGUGGUCCUCUCGGCCCCCGCUGUGCUCUUUGUCAUCUACUCCAUGCACCAGACUGCCAAAAUGGCCAGGACUGGGAAGGGCGGCUCCCAGUGUGGUGCGGGGCCACAGCCCACCCAGCGGCGCCGCCAUAUCCGGGCCGUCUACGUGGCCAAUGUCAUCACACGGAUCCUGGCUGAAGUCGGCUUCCUGCUGGGGCAGUGGCAGCUCUAUGGCUUCGAGGUAGAGACCACGUACGUGUGCCAGCGUGCACCCUGCCCUCACCGUGUGGAUUGCUUCGUGUCCCGGCCCACCGAAAAGACCAUCUUCAUCCACUUUUACUUUGUGGUGGGAAUGGCAUCUGCAGGGCUCAGCCUGGUGGAGCUGGCCCACCUUCUGUACAAGGGCCAGUGCCAGCGACGGGAGUCCGCCAGCCCCUCAAACCCAGCUGGUGCCACUGCUGCCGCCACUGAACAGCAGGACAACUGGUCUAACCAGGCCCAGGAGCAGGCCCAGUGCUUCCUGCCCCCUGAGAGUAGGAGCACCCAGGGGUCACCCUGCAGCAGUGCCCCCGAGCACUACAAGGCCGCAGCCCCGUUCCAGCCCAAAGAACCUAUCCCACGCAGUAAGGCCUCCCCCUCCAUGAGCAGGGACGAUCUCACCAUCUAGGGCCCAGCUCCCUCCUCGCUCCACGCUCCUGACCUGACUGGCUAGAGGGACAGAGCCAAGCGCCAUCAAGAUGAGCCGUGUUGGUUCUCAGCCCCCAAGGGCCAGGGAUGCUGCUGUUUCAGUCUCUCCACAGUGACCUUCAGACAAAGAGCAACAAGCACCUGUAGGACCCUGCAGUCUCUACUGCCUGGUAGUGCCCCUGCUGGCAGGGCCUGUCUUGUGCCUUGCAACAAGAUGACCUGUGGUUCCCAGCCCAUGCAUGGACACCUCACCAAGCGGGGGACCUCAUUGUGUUGUGCUGGGACCUGGCUUUGCUGUCUCCAGCCCAGGCCACAGGAAGAGAGGUGGAGCUGAGGGCUUGUUCUAGGCCCUAGAAGCUGCAAUAAUACAAGAACUAGAGAUCACAAAAUGAAACUAGUAGGUGGUAAGUUUAAAACGAACAUAAAGAAGUACUUUUUCACACCGUGUGUCAUUCUGGUGUGGCACUCAUU